AUGGCCUACAGAUGCAGAACCUGCGGACUCUCGGACUCGAGCUGUAUGUGUCUGGCAUGUUUUGACCCGGAGGAGCACGAGGGACACGACUAUAGAGUCUACCGCUGCUCGUCUGGAGGGUGCUGCGACUGUGGCGACCCCCUCGCCUGGAAGCCCGAGGGAUUCUGCAAAAAGCACAGUGCACAGCAGGACCAGACAGGUAAGAGGGAACACGAAGUGAAGAAGAUGAAGAUGGGGACAGAGGAGGCUGCGGCAGUGCAAGUACUCGUAAGCAGCGUCAUGGAGUUCUGUGUGGAUGUACUGAGAGAAGUGCAUUUGGCCUGCUUACGGCCGCAUGCCAGUGAGAAUCCAGACCCGUUCUACCCAAGGAGAUCACUCCCGCGCACAGGACUACAGCGCUCGACGCUCCCGUCGGUGGUUAAGACUCACGUGGACAGGCUGCAGCAGACGCUGGCGUGGCUUCAGAUGCUUUCCAUGAGCUGUCUGCAUUAUCGCAAUGUGAUAUCCGAUUUGUUCUUUGAAGAGCUACCACCAGAGUUUCAAGUGGACGCUGUGUCCACCCAGAAAGAGCAGGCGGACGCGGGGGAUGGGAAUCGUGGCCCUUUGCUGAUGCUCGAUGUGUUUCUUAAGGCGGGCAUACUGCUGCCUAUUGAGACGUGCGACGUGCUCGGUGUUCUGUACCUGAAGCUGCUGUUUGAUCAGUCGUUCAAGCAAAAGUACACGUGCCAUUUUGUGGAAUGGUAUCCGUACUUUAUCGAGUUGUACCUGUCAGCUAGCGACGAGAACAACGAGGACGGCAUGCGGAAUCUGUCCCGGUUUAUUGACCGUUUAUUCUGCCAGCUCUUCCACAGCAAUGCGCAAUUACGUGAACUGGAGACGGUAUUCGCCUCGAUGCGCCCCACACUUAACCGAGACGAAGCGCGCAGGACCCACCGUGGACGACGGCGACGACGACACCAUCUCCCUGGUGUUGCUCCCGAAAUGACCGACUCGGCGCCGUCCUCCUGCGUCGAAUGGCUCAUGGUGUUUUUGUUGGAGAAGCUCAACGAUCUUUUCCGAAGUACUCUGCGGUUGAUGACGAUCUUGCCGCUACCGCGCACAGAAAACGGGACGUCAACUAGUGCUGGCGAUGCGAAUGGAAGUAGCACCUCGAUGGUGGGUAUAGGAACAGUGCCAGAGGCCCCUCCGGUGUUGCGGACGGUGCAGGCCGUGGACUGUGGGCGGAAUGUGUUCAAGAAGCGGAUCUACGCGCGACUGUGCUCGGAUUUGCGGACUCUACUUGUCCAUCCCCAGAUCGCGGCUGAAGUUUUAUUGCGGUCGUUUCGCUGCAUUGGAGGAGACGACUGCGCUCUUCGUGAAGCUUCAGUGUACGCGCAACUGAUGAAUACUUUUGAGUUGCUGCAGCAGAUGGAUCUACAGACGCGUCAUGUGCACCGACAUAUCGAGUAUGAGUCGCAGAACUGGACGUUUGCUUUCGUUGCAGACUACGAGCUGAAACUGUUGCUGAGCGCUUUUCUAACGGGCAUCCCUGCUUGCUUCUCCCGUGAGGUUUGGACAAGCGUCACCACGGGUGAGAAUAGCUGGAAUCAAGGAGCUGUGGGCGUAAUUACGGGGGCGACGCCGCUGAAUCCGCUGGAGACCGACACGUUCCGUCCCCUCACGCUGGCUCGAGCUAUAUUGCAACCUGUGCGAGUAUCGCUGACACAGUGGGCGAACCGCAACGGACGGCCAGAACUCGCAGCUGGAGCAAGCGAUGUAGCUGCAGCAUGUGCAGGGCCUGGCGAAGUUUCAAGAGAAACAGACAUGACGACGAUUCCCCAGCUGGUAAAGUACUACGAGCAGGGAACCGUGGCGUUGGGCGGUGCGAGUGCAAAGAGCCUUCACUUCCCGCUGCAUCACAUGUAUGGGGCGCUGAUCCAUGCGCUGUGCGGGGUCGUGCGUCCUCAGACCAUGGACGACUGGCGUGAGUUAUUGGGCAUGGGGUCUUCUGAGAACGAAGAACGCAAAGACUUGGCGUUCUGGUAUAGCGCCCUGGAUCACCCUCUGCGAGUGCUUCUCUUCUCGAGGGAAAUCAAGGCGGGUCUGUGGGUGCGCAAUGGGGGCGUCAUGCUGCAGCAGCUCAUUCAUUACCACUCGAAGCAUUGGCGAUACUUUGGUCUGCACUCGGAUCUGUUUUUGUGUCAGCUGGGAGCCAGCCUCCUCCCGCACGGGAGCUUCACGCGUCUCUUCUUUCAUCAACUACCGUUCGGGAUACGUGGGUCGUCUGUGCUUGGACUAAACGCUCCGAUUAGUGCGAACGUUGACCGCCGUCGUGAGCUACGCCAAGAACUGGACGUCGUGGAAGAAGCUCUGCGUCUCCUGCUUCAGAUUGUGCUAGCGCCUGUCAAACUGGCGUCUGCCAGCUCACCCGAGACUGCAGCUGUGUGGCUUCUGGAGCGCGAGAUCAUGCACUGGCUGACACUGGGCCCGUCCACGCGAAGUGAAGUGGUUAUGCGGACGGAUAUGAAGCUGGUGGAGCAGAUAAAGCAACUCUCCAAGCACGAAUGGGCCGAGCUGGAAGAGGAGGAGAUCCUAACGCACGUGCUGGAGAACGUCGGUGUGUAUAACGACCCGGCUGGGAGUAACAGCGGUCCUCGAACUACUCGUAGUGGCAGCCUCUUGGGCUAUGGACUCAAAAUGAGUGGCUCGUGGAAGUUGAAGCCCGAACUCUGGUCACAAGUGUCGCCUCUGUUCGAGUGCUUCACGCCGUCUGAAGCGCAGCAGUGCGAGCAGAAUAUUCGCAAGAAUCUCCUCAAAGUCAGUGACCAAGACAACGGCACGACACCUUCGCCCAUCCUGCCGAUGCUACCACGCCUGCAACUUGAAGGACCGAGCGGCGUCGAUAUGCACAGACUGCUCGCUGACACGACGUUGAACUCGUCGUACAUGGCCAGCGUCUUGUUGGUCAUCUUUGAGAACUACAGACGCCACCUAGCGACACCUCACCAAGGUGCGUCAGGGGAUAAUGAAGACAAAGACAGCGGGAAUCCAGCCACGAACGAGAACCUGCUGCUUGCUGCGCUGCAUUGUCUGUACGUGGCGUGCUUUGAGGAAGAAAGCAGUUUAUUCGUCAAGCUUUGUACUGAGAUACCGCUGGAGGAUCAGAGUGGAGAAUGUGGUGCGGAAUGCGAUGGAGAGAAGGCAACUACGUCGAGUUUACUGUCGCUGCUGGUGUUCUUGACAGAACACAAGAGUGCGACGGAGGAUUGUCAGCCUGUGGUCAAUCUCAUCCUGCAAUCAGUACGUGCGAAAUCGUCAGUCUGCUCGACGUACUUGGCUGCGAUGAAGCAGAAGCAGCGAGAAGCUGCCUCGACCGCGAAGACGACAGCGAAGGAAAAGGUCCAGUGA